UUCCUCUCAGCAAAUGUUCCUGGUAUUAGCUGCACCAGAAAGCUCUGAUCCACACAAACUGACGCAUCAGUCACUCAGCGGUGACGCGCACGGGAGGAGGAGCGCGAGCGCGUUUAAAUAGCCGCUCUCCAUCGUUAAAAGGUUCAGAAGCAGCAACUGCAAACUAAGAAACAACCAGCUAUUCUUUACCACUCCGACUCAAAACCACACGCGCAUAAAAACAUGAUUAAGAAAAUGAGUCCUUCAGAGAAUGAGUUUGACAUCCCUGCGAAGAACUGCUACAGGAUGGUCAUUCUCGGAUCCACAAAAGUUGGGAAAACGGCGAUAGUGUCCCGCUUUCUGAACGGACGCUUUGAGGAGCAAUACACGCCGACCAUAGAGGACUUUCACAGGAAACUCUACAGCAUCAAAGGAGAUGUGUAUCAGCUGGACAUUUUGGAUACUUCAGGGAAUCAUCCGUUCCCAGCUAUGAGGAGACUGUCUAUUCUGACAGGUGACGUUUUCAUCCUGGUGUUCAGUCUGGACAACCGCGAGUCGUUUCACGAGGUGCAGCGGCUCAAACAGCAGAUCUACGAGACCAAGUCCUGCCUUAAAAACAAGACCAAAGAGAACGUGGACGUGCCUCUGGUCAUCUGCGGGAACAAGGGCGACCGCGAGUUCUACCGCGAGGUUCAGCGCGAAGAGAUCGAGCAGCUGAUCGCCGGAGACGAGCAGUGCGCGUACUUCGAGAUCUCCGCCAAGAGGAACACGAACGUCGACCAGAUGUUUCAGAGACUCUUUGCUCUCGCCAAACUACCCAACGAGAUGAGCCCGGACCUUCACCGCAAGGUUUCCGUGCAGUAUUGUGACAUUCUGCACAAAAAGUCUCUCAGAAACAAGAAGGUGAAGGACGGCGACGCGUACGGCAUCGUUGCGCCUUUCGCGCGCCGCCCCAGCGUGCACAGUGACUUGAUGUACAUCAAAGAGAAGGCGAUAGGAGGCGGACAGACCAAGGACAAAGAGAGAUGCAUCAUUAGCUAAAACCGAGCCGUCCAAAGCACUGCUGCGGUCAUUAUGAGACGCACACGGUUGUUGUGCCUAUUGCGGUGACUCCGAAAGGAGCGCGUUCGCGCCGGCGGUUGAAGUCAGUCAUCGGCUUGAGCUCUCACCUCGCGACGUGGAAGCGCAUGUAAUGCUCGCGAGAUCUCCUGUACAGAAUAUGGACUUUGUUCUGUUCAGUCUGAGCGCUCUGUGAUGUGGCUUACAAGUAUCAGCUCCAUGCUUAAAAAAUGUGCUUUGUUAGAACAUUUGCCUUUUUGGGUGCUGAAGGGAGUUGCAAUGUCAGCUGUUUACAUUUUUUUUUUUUUUUUUUUGGUUAAACUUU